AUGUGGCAAGUCUUGACGGGCUGUAUUUCGGUAUCGGCUAACUUGAGACGACGCGGGCUUGAUUGUGAUAACCUGUGUACACGAUGCGGGGCCGAGGUGGAAGAUAUCAAUCAUGCUAUCUUCCUGUGUCCUCCCGCUCGACAGGCAUGGGCUCUUGCACAGGUUCCGGUGGGGCCACUUCUUUUUCCUACAGAGUCUGUCUAUGCUAAUAUGGAUCAUUUUUUGGGUUCCACAAACCCGGGUUCACAAGCGGAAAUUUUUUCUUGGUUUAUGUGGUAUAUCUGGAAAGCUCGGAAAGCACGGGUUUUCGAGAAUGAGGUGGAACGACCUGAUGUGGUUGUCCGGGUGGCGGAAGGAGAGAUGCAGACUUGGCAGCAGGCACAGGUGGAGCCCGAGCAGGAUGAAAUUUCUUCCUCCCCGCGGGCUCUGUCUACCAGGACUCCGGGAUGUGAUUUACCGUCGGUUUUUUCAGGCCAUAGGUGUUUUGUUGAUGGUUCGUGGAAAGAGACGGAUGUUUUUGCAGGUGCAGGAUGGGUGUGCACAUCUUCACAUGGCGCUCCUUUGUAUGGCGCAACCAACUACCGGCGCAGUUUGUCUCCGUUGCAUGCAGAAGUUGAAGCUUUCAUUUGGGCGAUGCGCUGCAUGAUUGGACAUGAUUUCCGGGAGGUGGUCUUUUAUACGGACUGUUCUGACUUGGUGAAGAUGGUGUCUUCGCCCCAGGAUUGGCCGGCCUUUGCACCUUAUCUAGACGAUAUCCAGAGUGACAGGGAGGAAUUUUCUUCUUUUUCUUUGGUUUAUGUUACUAGAAAUGCGAAUGUACGAGCGGACUCUUUAGCGCGCCGUGCGCGCUCAAUUGAAUCCAUUGCAGAGUUAGCUUUCGAGCAUCAUGAAAGAAGUGACAAGAGCAUGAGCAUCUAUGCAUUUAGACUUCCAAUGUGGGAGCCUAACAAGGCACAAAACAAUUUGAAGAACGAAGAACAUCACAAAUAA